AUGGAGCAGAAGGAAGGGAAGACCUUGGAGGACAAGACCACCGUCUCCCCAACUGCAGAGGACCCUGGGACCCUGGGAAGUGGAGCCUCUGCAGAGGCGGGCAAAGGCACAGCUGGAAAGACUGUCCAAGAAAAUGCACCAGCUGAGGAUGGCAUCUCAGCUCAAUUCCAGGGAGAAGCAAAUGGGUUAGAUGAGGCCAAGGUGGAAUCCAAAGGGGAGGCCAAGGCUGAACUUAAAAAGGAAGACGGCGGGAAGGAAGAGACCACAGGGGCCUCUCAGGAGAAGGCUGACAGGAAAGAGGAGCCCAAAUCUGAACUCAAGGAGGCUGGGGAAAAAAAAGAGGCUAUGUUGGCCUCUGAGAAGCUGAAGGCUGAUAAGAAAGAAGCCAAGCCUGAAUCUAGGGAGAAAGCUGACGUGGAUGAUCAGGCCAAGGCUGAACCGAAGCAGGCUGCUGGCAAGGAGAAGGCCAAGGCUGAACCCAAGGAGGAGAGUGAAAAGAUGGAAGAGCCCAAGGCUGAACCCAAGGAGGAGGCUGGUGGGAAAGAGGCCAAGAUGGAAUCUCAGAAGAAGGCUGUUGUGAACGAUGAGGCUAAAGCUGAACCUCAGGAGGUUGAUGGGAAAGAGGAGGCCAAAAGGGAUGCCAAGGAGGAGGUGAGUGAGGCAGAGGAGAGGGAGGAGGCCCCAUGAAGUGGGGAAGCAGAAUCUGGGGGUGCCAAUGAAGAGCAGGACCAGUAUGUGGAGGGAGAACCAGAGGAAGGGGCAGGGGUGGUCCCCAGCUCCCCCGAGGAGUGGCCUGAGGGCCUCACAGAGGAGGGCCAUGGCCUCAGCCCUGAUGGGGUGGGCCCAGAUGUGGAAGCUUCCGGAGAGACCAGUCCUUCUGCCAGUGAGUCUUCUCCCAGUGAUGUGCCCCAGAGUCCCACGGAGCCCCCUCCCCUGGUGGAGAAAAAGAAGGAGAAGGCCCCGGAGCGCAGGGUGUCAGCCCCUACCCGGCCCCGGGGGCCCCGUGCACAGAACCGCAAAGCCAUCGUGGACAAGUUUGGCGGGGCAGCCUCAGGCCCCACGGCCCUGUUCCGGAACACAAAGGAAGCAGGGGUAGCCAUUGGCGGGGUCAAAAACAUGCUCUUGGAGUGGUGCCGGGCCAUGACAAGGAAAUACGAGCAUGUGGAUAUCCAGAACUUCUCCUCCAGCUGGAGCAGUGGCAUGGCCUUCUGCGCCCUCAUCCACAAGUUCUUCCCUGAUGCCUUCGACUACACUGCACUGGACCCCACACAGCGCCGGCACAACUUCACCCUGGCCUUCUCCACCGCUGAGAAACUGGCAGACUGUGCCCAGCUGCUGGAGGUGGAUGACAUGGUACGCCUCGUGGUGCCCGACUCCAAGUGCAUCUACACCUACAUCCAGGAGUUGUACCGCAGCCUUGUGCAGAAGGGACUGGUGAAGACCAAGAAGAAAUGAGGUGCUGACCGACCCUAAGGGCAGAGGCAGGCAGGGCGCCCAGCUGACCAGCCUGAGGCCCCGAGGCUCAGUCUGCUCUAAGCAGGGCGCAGAGUUGAGCUUGGCAAGGGCAGGUAUACCAGUCCGACCUGCAUUAAAAGUACUUUUGUAAACCCGUCUGGCCCCUCUGUGCUCUCUCCCUACCGCCCCCCCGCCCCGGGAACCUGUCUCUUCUGGGAUGAUACAUCCUGACCACAGGAGUUGGUUUCCUCAGCCACCAUCUGGUUCGAUCUUCUCAACAACUGUCCAAGGUGUUUGGAAAGAAAAUAGCCCAGUGGGUGGGAGUUGGACAGUGGGAGUCAGGCAGAUCUGGGUCCCACCACUAACCAGCUGUGUGGCCUUGGGCAAGUGGGUUAACCUCACUGAGCCUCCGUUGACAGUUCUGACAGUUCAACCUCGUGGAGGUGUUAUGAGGAUUAAAUGAGAAAACGAAAUAAUAGGCCAAAAUGGUCAAUAAGUGGUGGCCAAAACUAAACAAAACCCCCAAACCUUACAGUUCGAGCCAGCAGUGGUGCUUUUCCCAAUUCCCUUUUCCUCUUUCCACUUUCCAUACUUCUCCCAGAUCAAGGGAUUCCCAGGCAGAAGCUCAAGCAGAAGUCUCUAGAAAUCUCACCCAAACUGACCUAGCAGGGAAUGGUUCCCUUGACUUGAAUACGCGGCCACAUCUGUCUCUUGAAAGCCAGCAGCUUCCAGGAGCUUCCAACAACUGCAACCAGAAAGUUCUUCCUUCAGUUUAAAUUAAUCCCUCCAACUAUGGUGGAAGUUCUGGUUUGUGUUUUUCCAUUGCUCACUGGAGAUGAACCCGAGAUGAUUAUGAUUUCCUGCCGACAAUCCUGUCUGCUUUACCGGCCUUUUGGAGCAUGUGUGCUGAUAAGAGCAGCUUGUGGGGUAAAAAAAAAAUAUAUAUAUAGCCAGCUUUGCACAA